AGUCAGUCAGCAGUGUGUAAAAGAACGGGGUGCAACGGUUUUUAUUUCUCACGGAAAAUCAGGAUCAUACCGGUGUGUUUUAACGGAAGCAAGACACUCUAAUGCGGGGUAGCUGGAGGAGAAACAAGCGCUGUUCAUCCGCCUCGCGUCCCAUAGAGUUAAAUGUUGAGGACAGAAACGACAUGUUACCAAAAUCCAGACGAGCUCUCACCAUUCAAGAGAUCGCAGCGCUGGCCAGAUCUUCACUUCACGGAAUCUCACAGGUGGUCAAAGAUCAUGUGACGAAGCCCACAGCGAUGGCGCAAGGCCGCGUGGAACACCUGAUCGAGUGGAAGGGCUGGAGUAAACCCAGCGACACAACCGCUCUGGGAAAACACAUCACAUCAUACUCACACCUCACUGAGGGAGAGCAGGAGGCACGAUUCGCUGCCGGCGUGGCGGAGCAGUUUGCUAUCGCGGAGGCUAAACUUCGAGCCUGGUCUUCAGUGGACGGAGACGAAUCUAAUGACGACUCCUAUGAUGAAGAUUUCCUACCUGCAAACGAGCCCGUUACACAGAGCACAGACCUGUCCUCAUAUCCUCAUUACCUGCGGGAUCUCCUCCAGACUCACCUAAGGGCUCCAGGUGUGUGUGAGGUAGAAAGCGGCGUCGGCGCCGACCUUUCACCUCCUGUGGGGUCGCCGGGGUCGCAGUCUGACACGCUCUGCUCCAGCAUGUGCAGUUUGGACGAAAGACACCCCCUGCUGCGGGACAUCGGGCGUCAAGGGGACUCACCAGCCGCAGAUCUCACCGCUAAAAUCCUCAGUGCUCUGCAUGGAGGGGAGGAGCAACUGUUAGCACGCCUACACAGGGCGGGGCUUAGGCGGGGCCACUCCCCUUGUUGCUUGGAAACGUAUUCCGAGACAUUCGAAGAUGAGGACUCGCCUUAUAAGGACUGUGGGGGCGGAGUUUGUCUCCCGCCAGAAUAUUCGCCGCGAAGGAAAGUGUCGGACGUCGCUUCAUCUGGUGUCGUUUCACUCGACGAGGAAGACGUGGAUGAGGAAGAGCGGGAGGAGCAGUGACGCAUCUUCGUUUGACAUCACGUGCAUGUUUAAUUUUGGACUCCGCCCACUGAUUUGCAUUUUGCUCCGAGUGCAACUUUCGCUCUCAAGGUUUGACCUGUAUUUGAGGUGGGAAAAUGCUCACUCUGAAUGCCAGACUGAAAAUUUCGUUCUCAGGCUAAACGAAAAAAUGCAUCUUGAUCUUAAAAUCGGAGGAAUGUAAGACUUGCGUUUGCUGGUUUGACCUUUAAUUGUGUAAUUUUGUUAUUGAGGUGGAAAAUGCUGACUCUGAACGCGAGAGCGAAUCUUUCAUUCUCAGGCUAAUUAAAAAUGCAUCUUGAUAAACUUAAACAAACUUGACGAACUGAAAACCAAAUUGUAGAAUGUUUUACGAUGGAAGAAUGUAAGACUUGGUCUUUUUAUAUAUAAAGGUGGAAAAACAGUGUUCAAUUGCAAAAGUCAAUCUUUAAAUUAAAAUUUGGCACAUGGAAAAAUUACCUUACUAAAUUUUGCAAAUAAAAAGGCAUUUUAGUCCAGUCCCAA